AUGGGUACCUCCACAGCGCGUCAGCAGAGCAGCUUGCUCAAGCUCCAUGAUGCUGACCAUGUGAUCGACUUCGGCGAACUCGACGAUGUGCUGGAAAGGCUGGAGGGCAGGUUCCACCAGGAGAGAGCUCAGCGGCUUGACAUGGAGGUGCAGCUCCAGGCUAUCAGCAGAGCCAACUUUGCACUUCAGUGCAACCUGAAUUGGAUGACGCUGCAUAGCCACCAACUUCAAUGGAAGCUGUACUGCGCCAAUGAACAGCUGGAGGAUUGUACCAAGCACUGCCAUCAGCUCGCCAGUUGGUUCAUCCCAGCAGAGCAACACCAUUGGCAAGACAUGUCUGCAGAACUGCCCGAUCCUGAGCGCGGGAGCACCAGCUGGGGCGGCACCGACAGCAACCGGAGCUGGAGCUGCGGAAGCACCCACAGCAACGAGAGCUCCACCUGCGCCGGCACCGACAGCAAGUGCGGCAGAGCCGGCAGCAACGAGAGCUCCAGCUGCAUAAUCACCAGCAACGAGAGCGCUACCUCCGACUGUGACGAUGGCACCGACAGUGGCGGCAGCACUUGCGUGCCCCCCGAGCAGCGCGUGCUUUUCGAUGAGGAUGAGGACACUCAGGAUGGAGACUGGGUUCUUAUCCCCAGGAUGCCCAUGACGAAGAGCACUGGCAUGGUGAAGACGGGACAGCUUGGAGCCCAGAUCGUGAGUCUCAAUCGCACGACGUCAGAAGACCGAUUUGUCCAAAGCGGAGCUUCUCGGGCGAUGGAGUCGACGCAAAGCGUCGAGAGGACGCAGCUGAUCUCGGACGACGAGUUCGAGUCCAGACGAUCACAAGGUUCGUCACAGGAAGAUAGUCGCAUGGACGCAGCUUGCCAGACGGACUUUGAGGACGGCACUGUCGGCUGGUCGUUGCCGGAGACCUCAGCGACGAUAUGUUCCGACGGCCCGAUGGUUGGUGGUGGGGAGUUUGCUCCUUACGACCUGCUUCUGCCAAGCAUGUUGCCGUACCUCAGCGUGAAGGAUUUGCUGAACUGGCGCCGGCUUUCCCAGCAGACGAGAAGUCCUGAGGCCUUGAUCCAGCACGUGGCCGGGUUGGGGAGCAUGGAGAGGCCGGAGUCAGUUGUCAACUUCGCGGACAUGACUUUCUCGCAAAAACACAGGGCAGCGUCCUUUGGAAACGAUGCUGCGCAGAAGCUCCACGAUUGUCGGAACUGGUGUCUGUCCCUCGCGUUCAAAGGCAAAACCCAUUUUGCCGAAAGCCACGUUAAAUGCAUUGUCGGCGAGAAUCUCCAAUGGUUGCUUCGGCACAACCAGAGUUCUGAUGCUGCCGUUGUUGGCGCCGCCGGACAGGUGCUUUUCAACUGUGCCGCCAAGGGCCUGCCUUUCGUUCAGCAAAUGAUUGCAGCAGCCAUGUUGGAGCGAGCGGACUGUUUGAUACAGUCCGGCAUUCGUGCCAACAUAGAACGAAUAUGGGAUUGCUUCGAGACUCUUCUGUUCACAUUGCGCUCGCUGAGCAUGCGUGAGCGUCAGACGUGUGCGUCCUUGUUAGUCAAGCUGCUGCUGGAGUACGGUUCUCCCAAAGGGAAAACUGUCCUGGAAAAACUGAAUUUGUUGUGGAUAGUCGAUGACGAUCCCAAGCGAACCUAUGCAGAUGUAGUGCAGCAGCUGCGGAUUUUUGCAAAGUCCCCUGCCUCAGAAGGAUUGACGGCUGAGCUAGAGGAUCUCGUUCUCUUUGCCUGA